UAAUCUCUGAACACACUACACACAAAUACGUAAUCCAAGAAGUUCCCCAUCGAAAUUUUAGCUUCUGGUUUUGCUUUACCUUUCAUCACUGGCGGAUUAUUCAGUUUUUGAAGGGGGAAAAAGAAAGUAAAAAUGCUUUAAAUUUGAAGACAAUUGUAACGUGAUAUAGUGGAAGAAUUCCUUCUGUUCUUCUAGCUAGUACGAUUGAUGAUUACUAUGGAUUUGAAAGGUAUAACCUGGGUGGGGCAUGUAUAUCAGGAAUUUGAAUCCAUGUGCCUUGAGGCGGAAGAAGUUAUGUACCAGGACACAGUUAAAUACGUGGAGGAUCAGGUGCAGACUGUUGGUGCUAGUGUUAAAAAGUUCUACUCAGAUGUGAUGCAAGACAUGGUGCAGGAUUUGCUUCUUCCAUCUUCAUUGAAGCCUAAGGAAGCAGUCGCUGCAUCUGAUACGCCUGUUGAGGAAAAUUCUGUGACAUUAGAAAAGCCUAAUGUAGGUUUAAAGGAGGGUGCUAUAAAGAGUAAAGGUGAGCCGUUAACUGAAUAUCCAGAAGUAAUUGCUGAUGUUAAUGAAAAUGCUGCCAGUGUGCCUUCAUCCAGCCAGAUUCACAUGAAUGAUAACAUAUUUGAAUCAUGCAAUGGAGGAUUUGUGGAAAGAGAAUCCUCUGACUUGCUUUCUGGGGAGCAUAGCAACAAUACACUUGAUAAGCCAAAUAUUGAGAACUUACCACUAGCUAGAACCUCUGAAUUCACUUCUGUGGAGAAUGAGUUCAGCAGAAUGACAUCAUUUUCUGGAAAUGCUAAUGCAAAUCAUGAAGUUUCAUGUCAUCAGUCACCCACAACAUUAUCCCCGGUUUUGGUCAAAGAAGAUGGUUGUGAUUCUUUAGAAGAAGGUUGCAAUAAAAAUUAUGAAAUUGAAAGUGCAAGUGCAAGUGAAUCUACACCUGAAAUUCUAAAUGAUGAUUUACAGUUGGGUGAGUCAGUUGUGGAUAAAGAAAUAGAGAUAAGGUUGUCAACCUAUGUUAUUGGUUCAGCAGAAUCAAAUGGACAAUCAAAUAACUGGACCAUGGAUAUGACCGGUGUAUCAAGGACCACUACUGUUUGUAGAAAGGAAAUAGAAAGUGUUCAACCGUUGGGCGACACGCCAGUUUAUGAAAGUUGCAUCAUGGUGAAUGGAGCUGAACUUCAUUUUCAUUGUCAGAAGGAUGGUAAACAUAAGCCUUACCAGAAAAAGAUUCGUGAUGCUAUUUCGUCAAGAAUGAGGUCGACAAGGAAAAAGGAAUAUCGACAACUUGCCCUAUUGUAUGGAGAUGAUGCAAAAUCUGAAGACUGCAAGAGUUAUUCACUAUCAUCGGGAUCGCCAACUCCUGACAUCUUGGAUUCAGAGUGGGAGCUUCUCUGAGUACAAAAUGCCAUCUGUAUGUACAUAAUUGAGUUUACCAACCUGCGUCUGUUAAAAGGAAGUGAGCAAUGCCGAACUCACUUCGAUAAUUGUGCCCACAUUUACACUGGAUUUGUGUGUCAACUACCUAAUUAAUCUUCACAAAUGAACCAUCGUAACUCA